AUGUCUGAACACAAUAAGCACAAUGAAAAUGACGACGGUUCCAUUUCCCUCGAAUCUAUUGAGUCUAACUAUCCGAUAGAAAACGUCAUACCUUUACACCAAGAAGACAAUAACACCCAAUCACUGCUGCAACUCAACAAUAACCAAGUUGGUAGAACCACAUCAUCGUCUUCAAGAUCUUUAAAGUCUACUAAAUCUCAUAGAAUACCCAUUAAAGAUAGAAGAGGGUUAUUGGGAAAAAUCACUCUAUUACCAGAAUACGAUGAUGCUAGAGAAUACCCCAAUAGUGUCAAAUAUACCAUUGUAGUGGUUAUAGCCUUUGCAUCACUUGCUGGUCCCUUUGGGACUUCAAUCAUGUUACCAGCAAUCGAUGACAUCGUCAAGGAUCUUCAUACCGAUGAAACCAUGGUCAAUAUUUCAGUGGGUAUAUACUUAUUAUCUUUGGGGAUCUUUCCUAUUUGGUGGAGCAGUUUCCUGGAACGUUAUGGUCGUCGUACGGUUUAUUUGGUCAGCUUUACAUUAUUCUUUGCAUUCUCUGUUGGUGCAGCCUUUGCUCCAACCAUAUCUGCAUUAAUAGGUCUUAGAGUUCUCCAAGGUGGAUGUUCGGCUUCUGUCCAAGCGGUAGGUGCUGGAACCAUUGGUGAUUUGUUCAUACAACAAGAAAUGGGUAGGGCCAUGGGUCUCUACUAUUUAGGACCGCUCCUUGGUCCAUUUUGCGCUCCAAUCAUUGGUGGGGUUGUUGGCCAAGUCUGGGGUUGGAGAGCUACUCAAUGGUCGUUGGCUAUUGUUUCCGGUGUUAAUGUCAUUAGUAUCUUGUUCUUAUUACCAGAAACGUUGAGGAAACCAGACGUCUCAAUAUUAAGGAAUCAACAGGAUGCUCUUGAAAAGGAUCAAGAUAUUCACACGCAGUCACUGCAACAACUACAACAACAGAUUAAUAUUGACGAAUCGGCAAUCAUUGAUCCAGUAAUGCCCUCUUUGUCCAGAUUAUCAACCAAUAUGUCUCAAUAUUCUCGAAGAUUGGCAGCUGAAGCUCUUCAAGAGGACCUUCAAAGAACAAAACUGAGAUUAGAGGAACGACAAGGACGACAAAAUACAUCUAAAUGGGAAAAUACCAAACAUACCUUGUAUGAUUUGUUUGUGCGUCCAACUCAUAGUCUUAUUCUAUUAUCUCAUCCUCCAGUUGCAUUGGUUAUUACAUACUCAGCUAUUUCAUUCAUGACACUUUAUUUCUUGAACAUGGCCAUUUCAUGGUCGUACGCUAGAGAACCGUAUAAUUUUAAGGUCAUUAUAAUUGGGCUAAUGUAUAUCCCCAAUUCAAUCACUUAUAUUAUUGCUUCAGUUCUAGGAGGAAGAUGGAUCGAUAGAUUGUUAAGAGACUAUGCUAAGACUCAUAAUGGAAGAUUAGAUCCGGAAUCAAGAUUAAGUUGGAAUGUGGUAUUAGCAAUCUUUAUGUUCAUGCCAGCUUGUUUAAUUUUUGGUUGGACUAUUAAAUAUGGCUGUCAUUGGGCAAUUCCUUUGAUAGGCACAGCUCUUUUCGGUGCAGCAACAAUGUUACUAAUUGGUGCCAUGGUAACUUAUCUAGUCGAUACCUUACCAGGAAGAGGUGCAACUGGUGUUGCAUUAAACAAUUUAAUCCGUCAAAUCUUUGCUGCUGUUGCAACGUUUGUUGUUGAGCCCAUAUUGAGUAAAAUUGGCCAGGGAGUUCUAUUUAGUAUUCUCAGUGGUAUUUUGCUUGUUUCAUCCGUACUUCUUUUAAUCGUUAAAUGGAAGGGUCAGUACUUUAGAGAUCAUUCCAAAUUGGCUCUGUUAUACGAGAAGUUGUAA